AUGCCCCUGGUUGAAUCUCUGGAUUUGCCUACUCGCCUCGGCCCUUCUCUGCCUCCAUCCAUCCUCAACAUUCCCCACAUAAACGAAGGUGCAGCCAAAGCAUGCCUCGUCGAGUAUCUGACGGAGGUGCAUUCGACCGAAUCUGCCCGUGCAGCACCGCCAGACUUGACUGACGGGGUCGCGAAGGAACUGGUUGAGCUCGGCGCAUUCUUCGCAACAGGCUUGCACCUCGGGACGGACGAGGUUACCGGUGUCCGGUCUGGGUUUCGGACCGACGUAGGCGUCAAUGUAGGCGCGCAGGAGAACAGCCAGCAUCCGGCUGAACCCGGAGAGGGAUGGGUAAUCGGCGUUUUCCUCGUAGAAUGGGAGGGAAGAGUGGAGGAAAGGGAGGUAGAAGGAAUGAAAUGUGGAUCGAUCUAUGAGGGGGGCUCCAGCGGCGAUCCUUCAGCAGAGGGUCUCGGCCAGAUCAUUGUCAAGGCUAUGGCGUAUCACUGCUUCGCCAAACGCCUCCAUCAGCGCCGUUUCUUGCCGUCUGACGGGGCCAGGCUUUUGGUCUGUUUGUGA